UUCAUUGCUUUUGCCUCUUUAUUCUUCAUCCUGCUUUCGAUUACCACCUUUUGCCUGGAAACCCAUGAAGCAUUUAAUACCAUCAAAAAUAAAACAGAACCUAUCAAAGGUAGUGAGCCAGUUCUGCAGUAUGAAAUAGAGACAGAUCCAGCUCUAACAUAUGUUGAAGGAGUCUGUGUGGUGUGGUUUACAUUUGAGUUUUUAGUCCGUGUUGUUUUUUCACCCAACAAACGUGAAUUCAUAAAAAAUCUCUUGAAUAUCAUUGACUUUGUGGCAAUUUUGCCUUUCUAUCUAGAAGUGGGUCUGAGUGGGCUCUCCUCUAAAGCUGCUAAGGAUGUGCUUGGUUUCCUCAGGGUGGUGAGGUUUGUGAGAAUAUUGCGAAUCUUCAAGCUCACUCGACAUUUUGUUGGCCUCAGGGUGCUUGGUCAUACGCUCCGUGCAAGCACCAAUGAGUUUUUGCUGCUGAUAAUAUUUUUGGCAUUAGGAGUGUUGAUAUUUGCCACCAUGAUCUAUUAUGCGGAGCGAAUAGGUGCCAAACCCAAUGACCCGUCAGCUAGUGAACACACAGAGUUCAAAAACAUCCCCAUUGGUUUUUGGUGGGCUGUGGUCACCAUGACUACUCUUGGAUAUGGAGACAUGUAUCCAAAGACUUGGUCAGGCAUGCUAGUGGGUGCUCUGUGUGCUUUAGCUGGAGUGCUGACCAUAGCCAUGCCUGUGCCUGUUAUUGUCAACAAUUUUGGAAUGUACUAUUCUCUGGCCAUGGCGAAACAGAAGCUUCCAAGAAAGAGAAAGAAGCACAUCCCACCUGCUCCUCAGGCAAGGUCCCCUACAUUUUGCAAGACAGACUUGAAUAUGGCCUGCAAUAGCACACAGGGAGAAGUCUGUCUUGGCAAAGACAACCGGCUGAUGGAACAUAAUAAAUCAGUGUUAUCAGGUGAAGACAGUACAGAAAGUGAGCAGCCACUGUCACCUAUGGAAAGGCCCCCACCAAUCAGACGCUCUAGUACCAGAGACAAAAACAGAAGAGGGGGAACGUGUUUUCUGCUGACAGCAGGUGAUUACCCAUGUGCUACUGAUGGAGGGAUCAGGAAAGGCUAUGAAAAAUCCAGAAGUUUAAACAACAUAACUGGCAUGGCAGGCAAUGCCCUGAGACUGUCUCCAGUAAUAUCACCUUACAGCUCACCUUGUCUAAGACGCUCUCGAUCUCCCAUCCCAUCUAUCUUGUAAACCAGAUGCUAUAAAUUGAUUACAUAACUGUAACUGAAGUGCUGCUUAUCAUCUAAUGGAAAUAGCUAUAGUA